AUAUCACACAAGCAACUGACAGUCACGGAUCCCAUAUGUCCCGGAGGCCGUAGGAGCUACUCCGUACACUGUCAUCUACAUCCUAUUCUACACUCGGCCGUCUUGCGCAAGUUGAACCACUGGCUUACAGGGACCCUCUUUCAGGCUUACGACGGUCUGGCGCCUGAGUCGUCGCUCAAGGUUGAGUGGAAAAAGCAUUUACUGUCACCUAUACUCGAAUUAACUUUCAUUCGGAUACCCUCUCGUCUAUCAAAACAUUGAACAUGACGUCUGCAGACGUGUUAGAGGACGAGGCUAUUGACCCUCGACUCGACGAGACAACAGCCUUACUUGUUGCACCAGCCAAAGCCUCGCCCGCACGGGACGACGAAAGUGGACCAAACGACAAUGGCACUGAAGAUGACAAGCCCUUACCCAAGGACCAGAUCUUAUUUCUCUGCUUUGCCCGGGUUGUCGAACCCAUUGCCUUCUUCUGCAUCUUUCCCUUCAUCAAUCAGAUGAUUCGGGACACUGGAGUCGCAGAGGAAGAUGUUGGCUUCUACAGUGGAUUGAUCGAAUCCCUAUUUUCAUUGACACAAAUGGUGCUCAUGAUCCCAUGGGGCUGGGCCGCAGACUAUUGGGGACGAAAACCUAUCUUGGUGUCGUCCCUCGCUGGCGUCGCUAUUGCAACGGCCAUCUUCGGCCUCAGCAAGACGAUAUGGCAGAUGAUUGUGUUCCGCUGCUUCGCCGGUCUCUUCGCUGGAACCAUUGUGACAAUCCGUACCAUGAUCAGCGAAAACAGUACCCACAAGACCCAGGCUCGAGCCUUUUCCUUUUUUGCGUUCACAGGCAAUCUAGGUAUAUUCCUAGGUCCUAUCCUCGGAGGAGCGCUCGCAAAGCCAGCGACCGUAUUCCCCUCCAUCUUCGGUCACAUCCAGUUCUUCCAUGACUACCCCUAUGCCUUGCCGACCAUUGUCACAGGCAGUAUUGGCGUCAUCGCAACCGUAACCAGCGCCCUGUUUAUCAAAGAGACGCUCGUCCGCGAACCUAAGUCCUCCUCCGAUGCCGCCUCACGACCACGAAUGUCUACAUUGGAGCUGCUGCGCGCUCCCAACGUCGGGAUAACGCUCUACAUCUACGCGCACGUCAUGCUCCUCGCCUUCGCCUACACUGCCAUCAGCCCCGUCUUCUCCUUCACGCCCGUCCACCUCGGCGGUUUCGGCUUCACUCCGCUCCAGAUCUCGCUCUUCAUGGGCCUCGGCGGCCUCAGUCAAUCGCUCUAUCUUCUUAUCAUCUUCCCCUGGCUGCAGAAGCGCAUCGGCACCGCGGGAGUAAUGCGCCUCUGCGCCAACGCGUACCCAUUCUUCUUCGCCAUCUUACCAGUAUGCAAUAUCCUUCUGCGCAACGGUCUGACCACGGCGUUCUGGGUCAUCACCCCUGUCGCGCUCGUCGUCGGGUCCGGGGUUGCCAUGAGUUUCACGGCCAUCCAACUCGUGCUGAACGACGUGAGCCCCAGCCCGGCGGUGUUGGGCACGCUCAACGCCGUCGCGUUGACGUUGGUCAGCGGCAUCCGAGCGUUCAGUCCGGCCUUGUUUGCGAGUCUGUUCGCCGCGAGCGUCGGGAGUAAAUUCCUCGGCGGCCAUGUUAUUUGGAUCCUCAUGAUUGCGUUGGCGCUGGGCUUUACAGUUGUGAGCCGGUGGGUGCCGGAAGGGGAGAAGGAGGUCAAAAAUGGUGAACGUCAGGAUGAUCGGGAUGGGCUGGACGCAUAGACUUGCCUUGACACAAUAUCAAAUGGUUAUGCGGAGGAGCAGCAAGCCUACCUAGAAGCAUAUUGACCGCUAUACUAUAGAUCUAAGAUGUUCUCUUCGGGAGGGAAGAUUUGCACACGCACAUAUUGGAUAGACAGCGGCAAAUCC